CUAACAGUUUGUUUGUUUUUUGUGCAUUCAGUAGAUCUACGGUUUCGGACAAGACUACACAGUGUUACGUAUGUUGUUUAGUGUUUAAAGUGGAAACGGCGGUCGGUCGGUCGAUAAACCUACAACUAUUUUUCAUAGCAAAACAAAAAGCAAAACUUAAGUUUGAACAAAAAUGUUGGAGCCACCGGUUGAAUAUUUAAAAAAUUCUGAAAGUGAAAUUUUAAAGAAACCAAUGGGCACUUCCAUUGCUGCAACUUCAAAUGUUGCUUCUUCGCCUUGUGUCUCUGAUUCGUUUCGUGGCUAUUUGCAAACAUUUGCCGCUGGCCUUUAUUUGAACCUGUUUAUGUAUUUGCCAUUUAUUGCUUGGUUUUUCACAGCUUUUCUUAUGAUUUAUUUUGGUUUCCUUGGUCGAACUCUGUUGCUCAUUUAUUUUGCUUAUAUAUACUAUGAUCAUAAGACAACCCAUUCGACGAUUCAUGGCAAUGGUUUGAUGUUUUUUCGUGACAACUUUUUGACGGAUCUUGCUCGUGAGUAUUACCCAGUUAAACUGGUUAAGACAGCAGAGUUGCCACCGAAUCGAAAUUAUUUAGUUGCCUGUUUUCCUCAUGGUGUCAUAAGCACUGGUAUAGCGGUUAACAUGAGCAUUAACAUUCGGUCAUGGCUGGAAUUGUUCCCAGGGGUUAGGCCAAAAUUAGUUACCUUGGACAUGUAUUUACGCACACCGUUUCUACGUGAUCUGGGACGUUCUUGGGGCUUUGUUGCCUCUGCCAAAGAGGCCAUAAUGCGGCAGCUAAAUAAAUCCAAUGAUCCACAUCAUCCACAUAACUCGGAUGGUUUCACCUCAAAUGCUUUGGGUAUUGUGAUAGGGGGAGCCCAAGAAGCUUUCGACUCGAGGCCAGGCAAAUAUAUAUUGACCUUAAAGCAACGCAAGGGAUUUGUGAAAAUUGCUAUACAAACGGGAUGUCCCAUUGUGCCCAGUUUCUCGUUCGGCGAAGUGGAUAUCUUGGAUCAACUGGACAGUCCCUCCAAUACUUUGCUGAAGAAAUUCCAAGUUCUUUUUAAACGUGUUACUGGAAUUGCCCCCAUUAUAGCCAUAGGACGUGGUUUCAUACGCCAAGGUUUGGGUGUAUUGCCUUUUCGCAAACCCAUUGUGCAAGUAGUGGGUGCUCCCAUUGAUGUUAAGAAGACGGCUGAGCCUGAUCCAAAGUAUGUCGAUGAAAUCCAUCAAAAAGUCAUAGAUAGUGUAAAUGAAAUGUUUGAAAAAUACAAAUAUAAGUAUAUAGAAAAUCCUGAAUCGACAAAGUUAAUAAUAAAUUAGAUUUACAAUAGUUAUAGAACAAAAUUGUGAAGCGUUACUUGUAAACAUGCAUGCAUUUUUAUAAGAAAGUAUUAUAUCUUAAGGGCAUU